AUGACAGUUUUAACUCAGAUUGCCUUAGUCCUCAUGUCACUGUUUUGGUGCUGCCUGUGUGAAGCAAUAGAAGCCGGUGAUGCAAUUGCUCUCCUGUUAGGUGUGGUUCUCAGUGUUACAGACAUUCUUGCUUGCUUGGGGGUAUAUGCACGAAAGAGAAACGGACAGAUGUGACUUUGAAGGGCCUACUGAAUCAAUCCUCACCCUGAAAGGCUUUGUGCUAUUGAGGCUAAACCUGAGCUUUGGUGAAAGUUUCCAGGAAUCAGUAAAUAGGGGAGUUUUAUAUUUUUCAUUGUUUCCAUGAAAUGGGAACAACAAAAAAAGUUUUCUUUACAACAAAUAAUGCACAGAAAAAUGCAGCCUAUAAUUUGUAUUUGCUGGUUAGAAAGGAGGUCAAGGAAGUAAGAUGGAUGAUAUUUACAUAAGUAAUAUUUCAUAGUUUUAGAAUUCUCAAAGCACGUGAAAUAGGAAGAAGGAAGUUCUUGCCCAGAAUCCUAGAAAAUCACCAAUAUUCAGUUAUAAUCACUACUUCUUGAAUCGUUGAGGAGUCUUUUCUCCAUAUUUUGAUUUCAUUUUUGUUUUCUUAUCUUCCAAGUUAAUAUUGUAUUUAGAUAUCAAAUAGCCAAAAAAGGGAAACUUUUAUCUCUGGGGAAAAAGCAUUUAGAAAAAUGUAUUCAGUGUAUCUAAUACUGAGAUGCAGGAAAGAUUUAAUGUAAAAAAACACUACAGACAUUGACAUGGAAAAGAUUUAAUGUUAAAGAAAAACACUUUAUAUCAACUGAGUAACAUCCUCCUGAUGAGAAAUACUUUUUAAAAUAUAAACCCAUUAUGUUGUAAAAGAAAAAAAGGGUGGGGUGCAAAGCUGACGAUAUUGCAUCAGUGAUGAUGGUAAUGGUCAACGUGUUAGCUUGCAGAGAGUGCCAGGCACUAUCAAAAGCAUUAUAUACUUUAACUCAUUUAAUUCCCAUAGAAACCUGUGAGGAAGGUAUUAUUAUUUGUAUUUCACAGGUUUA